GAAGAGCUGUUAGUUUUGGUGAGAUGUCUCAAACCAGUUGCAAAAAAAUACUUCUGUAAAAUUUCAACCCAUUUCUUGGAAAUCUAAGCUUUUACUAUAAUCAUUUCUUGUGAUAUUAAGUUUCAGUUUGUUAUUACCACACUCUGGUGUCUGAACAGGAUACUCCUGCUAAGUCUAGCUGCAGUAGCUGAAGUAUGGCUUCCUCUUAUUUUUCAAGGCUGGGGUAUUUUUAGAAUAAGCCUGUCUGGCUUAGGGUUCCAACUGGGGUCCUCACAAGAGCACCUAACCUGACUGCUGAUUCCCUCCGUCCCAGAGCUACUUGGGGUCCACGGCCUUGUCUGAUCCUUGUUUUUGACCCCACUGUCCCCACUGUGAGUUCACAGGAGGCCCCUGGAGGCGGGCUAAACAGAACAAGGCCCGGGCUUCCACAGGGCCCUGCCUUGCCUCCAUUAGAGAGCACUGAAUGUUGACCAUGCGUUGCUUCCGCUCCUUGGGGUGCAGGGGCGCUAGGCCACCCUAUCCCUGAGCGCCAGGCCCUGCACAGAAACCCCGACCAGGGCGCCCGGAACCGGGCCCGUCCGCACCCGCCCGGUUCAGGUGACCUGGCGGGCGCUGGGCACACCUGGCGCCGUCCCCUGACCCCGCCCCUGCCCGGGCGGCACCCGGAACGCUCUCGGCCGGAGCCAACGCGGCGAAGCAGGGCCAUGGCGGCAGCGCCAGCGGCGUGCGCCUCGCAGGGGCCCCCGCCGGGGGCACAGUCCCCGCCGGCAGGCGCGCCCGCGCCGGCGUCCGGCCUGGGCCGCUGCCGGAUGGCGCUGCUACUGGCCGUGGCUCUGGACGUGGCGGGCAUGGCGGCACUGCUGACGGGCGUGUUCGCGCAGCUGCAGGUGCGCGCCUCCACCGCCGCCGGCCCGCGCGCGGCGCCCGGCUCUCGCGGAGCGCGCCGCGCCGCCCGCACUCCCCUGCCGACCGCCUCUGGUUCCCGCCGCGUGCGCCUGCAGCUCGCCACGCUCGAAGCCGGGCCCGGGGCGGCAGGCGCGGGCAGCGAGUGAGCCCGAGAUGAACCCACAGCCCCACCUGUCAGGACCCAACUGAGAUGUGCAGCUGCCUUCAACAUCAUCUGGCCACAGGAUGUGCUCUCUCUAUGUCACCUGGAUAAAUGGCUCUGCCUCCCA